AUGCUUGAUCGAAAGAUUCAUGCACGUUUGGAGCAAGACGUUGUUCAACCGGCCAUUGAAGAGCCAUUCGAACGUCGAAUCACCGAACCACUCGAAUAUGAGGCCGAACCAGAUGACGAUCUAAUUGCUCCUCCCAAGGAACCCGAAGAAGAGAGCUGCCUUGAGCAUGAAUUCCGUUGUGGAUCCGGUGAGUGCAUCGAUCGUAGACGUCUUUGUGACACUCGUAGGGAUUGCCGUGAUGCAUCGGAUGAGGCCAACUGCGUGCAAUCUCAACCUCAACAGCAGCAGCCUGCUGCACCAGCAGCGGUACCUGCCGGGCAAAUGUCGAAUGCCAUAGUCGUCGAAUUCAUUUUGUUUACUUUACUUUAUACAAUUGCUUGCCAUCUUCACUGCAUCGGCUCAAGUCAUGAGUUGAAGAGGUGA